AUCCCCAAUGAGAGCGGUCUUGGCUUUUCUUUUAUCACACUCUUAAAAAUUUCUCUCCUUCGUUAAUUUUCCAUCUUAUAAAACACAAGCCAAUUCGUGUCAGUUUUGCAAACAGAUUAAGAAAAAAUAUUUAAAUUCUGUGUAAUGCAAUGGCAAUAGUUUGUAAUACCAACGAGUUAGAGAAAAAAACAGUAGUUUUUGAUGCCAAAUUUUUACGUCACCAGUCUAACAUACCCCAACAGUUUGUAUGGCCGGACGAUGAGAAACCCACCGUCAAUGCGCCGGAGCUUAAAGUUCCGCUUGUGGACUUAGCCGGAAUCUUGUCCGGUGACCCUGUUGCCACCAUGGAAGCUUCGAAGCUAGUUGGCGAGGCGUGUCAGGAGCAUGGCUUCUUUUUAGUGGUGAAUCACGGCGUUGAUCAGAAGCUGAUCGACGAUGCUCAUCGGUAUAUGGAUAGUUUCUUUGAGUUGCCGCUUUCCGAUAAGCAAAAAGCUCAGAGAAAAAUGGGGGAGCACUGUGGUUAUGCUAGUAGCUUUACUGGUAGAUUUUCUUCUAAACUUCCGUGGAAGGAAACGCUGUCGUUUCGUUACUCUGCUCAGGAAAACUCAGAAAAACACGUCGAGGCUUAUUUUGAUAAAACAAUGGGUGAAUCUUUUUCAGAAUUCGGGAAGGUGUAUCAGGAGUACUGUGAGUCAAUGAGCAGUCUAUCAUUAGGAAUCAUGGAGCUACUGGGGAUCAGCUUAGGAGUGAGCAAAGGGCAUUUUAGGGAAUUUUUCGAAGAAAAUGAUUCGAUAAUGAGAUUGAACUAUUACCCACCUUGCCAAAAACCUGACCUGACUUUAGGAACCGGACCUCAUUGUGACCCGACUUCACUAACCAUUCUUCAUCAAGAUCAUGUUGGAGGCCUUCAAGUGUUUGUAGACAACGAAUGGCGUUUAAUCAGCCCGAAUUCGCAAGCUUUCGUAGUUAACAUCGGAGAUACUUUCAUGGCGCUUUCAAAUGGGAAAUACAAGAGUUGUCUGCAUAGAGCAGUGGUGAACAGUGAGACAACAAGAAAAUCUUUGGCGUUCUUUUUAUGUCCGAAGAGCGAUAAGAUGGUGACACCACCGAAACAAUUAGUGGACGAUUUGAACCCGAGAAUAUAUCCAGAUUUUACAUGGCCAAUGCUUCUUGAAUUUACUCAGAAGCAUUACAGAGCAGACAUGAACACUCUUGAAAUGUUUUCAGAUUGGGUUCAACAGAGAAACUUUUGUUCAAGUUGAUGAAAUUAAGUGGUGGGGUAGUAGUGUAAUUGUGUCACAAACAGAGUUUGCUAUAUUGCUCUUUUUUGCACCAAAGAAAGUGACAUUUGACUACAAGGAAAUGAAAUGGGGAAGACAAAUAGCAAAAACAACAAAAAAUAUUAGCCAGUUUUUUUUUUCUUUUUUUAAUGUUUAUGUUCAUAGGUCUGUAUGUAACUAGCUUUUUGGUCAUCAACAGAAGGCAAAACAAGAAACUUAUAAGGAAGCAAAUAAUAAGCCGGAUGUGAUCAA